GGAUUUUAUUCUACAGUCCCUAGUGAAACUUCCAAGACUAUGUCCUCUACUUACCUUUAAAUAUCCGUAUCGAUUCGGACGUGUUAAGACGGAUUUUAAUAUAUUUUGCAAUGAAUUUACAAUGUAACUUCUUUCACAUAUUAAUAGUGUGUUUUGUACAACUUGGCUCUUCAAACAAUGAGGUGGAUGCAAAAAAUCAUACAUUAAUGGAGAAAUAUAUUGGUGAAUAUUAUGGGAAAUAUGAUAUUCAGGACUAUCCUCAAGGAUUAAAAAACUACACAGAAGUAUACGAAUUAGAUAAAGAAAGGGAAAUGCCUAAGCUGUUAAUUAAAAAGAUUGGUAAACAUAAAAAGAAAUGGAAGAAAACGGAGGAAAAGGAGAAAUACAUCAUGAUGAAGAAGAAGAAGAUAUCAAAGAAUAAGAUGAAACGAAAGAAGCCACCAGCAAAGUUUGUGAAGACGGUUAGCGAUAAAAAUAAAGAUUCCAAUAUGUCGGGUUCGAAAGAAGUCGAUGAAAUUGGACGUAAGCCUGAUAUUGUAGUACAUAUAGUAAAAUAAUUGAAUACGU